GUUCUGUCAGCCCUCGCUGCUACCGCCGUCGUCGUCGUCGUCGUCGUCGUCGCCGUCGUCGUCGUCGUCGUCGACGCGACGUUGCAUCACACUGUCAUCCGUCAUCGGAGUCAUCCUCUCUCGAUCUCGUCGUUGAGACAACGCGAGAGGAAACGCAGAACAAGAAACCCCCAGAAAGGAUUCUCUGUUCCUGUCUGUCUUUCUCACUCUUUCUCUCUCUGUCUGUAUCUUUCUCUCUCUCUCUCUAUCUCUUCCUCUUUCUCUUUCACCCCCUUUUGUCUGCGAGACUCGCAGCCUCCGUAAUACAGCAGUUCGCCAGUGCGGACGACCGGCCUAAAGGAGGAAAGAAGAGAACUCUAAGGGUGAUUUUUGCCAUGUAUCGGUGGUGAUUCGGACUGUGAUCUCGAUAUCGCACCUCUUGCGAACGAGCGACGAAUUAGUUCGUGGAGAGUUACGUACUCUCGGGGAUUGCACCCUCGCGCUCUCUUUCUCUCUCUCUCUCUCUCUCUCAUUCACACUAUCUCUCUCUCUUUUUUUCUCUCUCUUUUCCCCUUUCUCUCUUCGCUCUUUCUCUUUCUUUCUCUCUUGUCGGCUGACGACGACGUUUCGCCAACGGACGACGACGAACGGAUGCUACCCCGCACCGCCGCGGGAAGCCAGACGAUGCUCCAUGAACGAAGAAUGUAGACGAGAAGAGAAAGGAAUCUGCCAGUCGCGGAUUCGGAGGAGGACAUCGUCGCCGUUUGAAAUCUAAUAGCCUUGAGCAACCUUCCUCGCAUCUUUCUUACCGCGCGAUGUCGAGAAAUUCAAGUUCCUGGUGGACCGGCUCCGGCAGACUGGAGGCUCUGCUGAUGCUGAGCUUGAUCCUGCUCCUCCUUCUGCAGACGAAUCCAUCCCACGGUUCGCCCCACCGUAGCAGACAUCACGAGCACGAGCUUCACGCGCAGGAAGCGGCCGCGUCGUCGACGUCGCACGAAGAUGUCAGGAGUUCCAGGACGAGCGAGGAGCUCCCACGACCCGCCGGUUUCAGCAGCAACGAUCCCCUGAUCGUGCACACGAAGAAAGGCUUAGUACGCGGCAAGACCUUGACGGCCACAACCGGCAAGGAGGUCGACGUUUGGUUCGGCAUACCUUACGCUCAGAAACCCAUCGGCCCGCUAAGGUUUCGUCACCCGCGACCGGCCGAACGCUGGUCGGGAGUGUUGAACGCGACCACAUUGCCGAACAGCUGCGUGCAGAUCCUUGACACGGUGUUCGGCGACUUCGCCGGCGCUACCAUGUGGAAUCCGAACACGCCGCUGAGCGAGGACUGCCUUUACGUGAACGUGGUAGCGCCACGACCGAGGCCUACGAACGCCGCUGUCAUGGUAUGGAUAUUCGGUGGUGGCUUUUACUCCGGCUCGGCCACCCUCGACGUUUACGAUCACAAGAUUCUAGUGUCGGAAGAGAACAUAAUUCUGGUGUCGAUGCAAUAUCGCGUGGCCAGUCUGGGCUUCCUGUACUUCGGCACGGCGGACGUGCCCGGUAACGCCGGUCUCUUUGAUCAAAUGAUGGCCUUGCAAUGGGUGCGCGACAAUAUUGCCGCGUUCGGCGGCAAUCCCGACAACGUGACGCUCUUUGGCGAGAGCGCGGGCGCGGUAUCCGUUUCCAUGCAUCUUCUGUCACCGCUUUCCAGGCACUUGUUCAACCAGGCCAUCAUGCAGUCAGGCUCGCCGACCACGCCGUGGGCGAUAAUCGCGCGCGAUGAAUCGAUUACACGCGGACUCCGAUUAGCCGAGGCGGUCGGCUGUCCGCACAGUCACGAAAGUCUGCGCGAGGUGAUCGACUGUCUGCUCACGAAGGACGCGGAGGAACUGGUGAAGAACGAGUGGGGCACUCUCGGAAUCUGCGAGUUCCCGUUCGUGCCGGUGAUCGACGGCGCGUUUCUCGACGAGUCGCCGCAGCGCUCGCUCGCCACCACGUCCUUCAAGAAGGCCAACAUCCUGAUGGGCUCCAACACCGAGGAGGGUUUCUACUUCAUCAUUUACUAUCUGACCGAGCUGUUUCGCAUCGAUGGCACCGAAGACGUGAAGGUGACGCGCGAUCAGUUCAUCAGCGCGGUAUCCGAGCUGAAUCCCUACGUCAAUCAAAUCGGCCGGCACGCCAUCAUCUACGAGUACACCAACUGGCUGCACCCGGACGAUCCGCACGCGAAUCGCGACGCCCUCGACAAGAUCGUCGGCGACUAUCAGUUCACCUGCAACGUCAACGAAUUCGCCGGCCGUUACGCCGACACCGGCAAUACCGUCUACAUGUAUUACUACAAGCACAGAUCCCUAAACAACCCGUGGCCGCGGUGGACCGGAGUCAUGCAUGCUGAUGAGAUAAAUUAUGUCUUCGGAGAGCCAUUAAACCCAUCCAAAGGCUAUACGCAGGAGGAAAUACACCUCUCGAAGAGGAUGAUGAGAUACUGGGCGAACUUUGCGAAAACGGGGGAUCCGAACGUGGGCGACAGCACGAACGGAUUGAAGCUGCCUUACUGGCCGCCGCACACCGUCGCCAAUAAAGAAUACCUCACCUUGGACAUCAACAACACGGAGAUCGGUAGCGGUCCCAGGGUGAGGCAGUGCGCUUUCUGGAAGAAAUAUCUGCCGCAGCUACUCGGCGCCACGUCGAAACUGGAGGUCGCGUCCAAGGAGACCUGCAGCGGCACGAGCCUCGCCGACUUCGGCGCGACCCGGAUACUCCUGAUCUUGAGCCUGUUAUUGACCGGCCUCACUACUCUGCCUCACAUACAACACGACGUCAGAGGCAUCGUUUAGCUCCCGGCUGCCGGAUCGGUGGUCGGCCACCGAGCCGCCGUCC